GUAAUCUUUUACGAGCAAGACUGGAAUCCUCAAGUAGACAAGCAAGCCUUGCAGCGUUCUCACCGCAUUGGCCAAAUGAACCAUGUGUUAUCCAUAAAUUUGGUAACAGAACACACCAUCGAAGAGGCAAUCAUGAGAAGAGCAGAGAAAAAACUUUGGCUAAGCAACAAUGUUGUUCAUCAAGAAGAAGAAACAUAUGCAGCAGGAAAGGAUGUUGGAACUGAUACUGGUGACAUGCGGUCACUCAUUAUUGGCUUACAAUUAUUUGAUCCCAUGGAUGUCAACAAAGACUCCAUUGAUGCGGAUAAUAUGGUGGAACUCAAUGAAAUGACUGAUAAAGUGGUUGAAAUCCGUAAUCAUGAAACAUCAGAUAAGGAUGUCCGAAGAUUCAAAAUUAAUAAAAAAGAUAUGUUGGAAAGCGGUGACAUGUUUGCAAAAUCUUAUGGAUCUGCUACUUUUGAUCCUAGAGUUGAUGAGGCUUCAUAUUUGUCCUGGCUUCAGAAGUUUAAAGAGGCUUCAUUGUCUGGAGAGGCUUCCUAUUUGGAGCAGGGAAAGAGAAGACAUCUGUCAGAAGAAUAUCAACGAAAACGUGAAGCUGAUAAGAAAAAGGCAGAGGAGAAACAGUUAGCAAAGUGGGAAGCUCUUGGUUACCAGACAUUAGCUAUUAAGGAGCCGGAUCUCAUAGUGGAGAAUAGUGUUCUGUCUGAUUUGGGUUCUGUCCAGUUUGUGUACGGAGAUUGCACUAAACCAUCAAAAGUUUUCCCAUCAGAGCCUGCUAUAAUUUUUAGUUGCAUUGAUAACUCUGGAAGAUGGGGACAUGGCGGAAUGUUUGAUGCUCUAGCUAGUCUUUCAACAUGUGUCCCAGAUGCCUACCACCAUGCUUUUGAAUGUGAUGAUCUUCAUAUGGGGGAUUUGCACUUAGUGAAGUUAAAUGGUUGUUUCUUACAUCUAACCAUCUUAUCAUCAACAUCAUCAUCAUAUUUUUAUUCUUUGUUUUAGAUUGUACAAAAGCAACAAAUCAAUUUAUGAAGCUAAAAAAUAAUUUAAAUUGAAUAUAGUAUGUUAAGGAUUUGUGUGCUACUGCUGUCUAUAUUCUGCUUGUGCUGCAUAGACAAACAUGGUGUCUGUGUUAAUGUGAUCUUUACCUUGAUGAAUUCUGAAUAUGCUCCAGUUAAUUUCUUAGAUUUUUUUGUUAAGUAUAAUUGUCUAGGUUUGGUUUAUUCAGUAGUGCUACCAAAGAAAUAUCAAAUAUGACUAGUUUGGUUUAUUCUGAAAAAGAAGGCAGAGUCACGACUUCUAAUGGGUCACAUAUUAUCCUACUAUUAUGAAUGUAUCAUGGGGCUUUGCUUAUGAAAAUCCUAUGACGAGCUUAGAGAUUUUUGAAUUGAUGUUAAUCCUUCAAUCGGUUUAUGUUUUUCAGUACUUUUUGUUUCCCAAUAUUAAGUGCAUGUUGGCCUGAAGGUGUGUGACUGUUAACAGCAAUUAGUCAACUACCAUAAGAUGUAAAUCCUAAUUGUUCAGGAUUAGCUAUAUGGAUCUUUUCUCAGCAUUGAAGUGUUAUUGGUCGAGAUCCAUGCUUAUAUUAGAUAUAUCAAAUUUCUUAUUCUAGGUGUUAGCUACCUAAGUCAACCCUCCUCUCCUGUCAUCAGAUAUGUAUUUGUCUUUGCUUUUGCCUAAUGCAGCCCUCUUCUCCUGCUAUCCAAUAUUUAUUUACUCUUCUUUCUUGUGUCUGCGUGAAGAAGUUGGGAAACCCGUCAAUUUUAGAUGUCUGAUCCAUUGAAGAUGACAUUUUUACCUCUUCUGAAGUAAUUGGACCUUGCAUGUCCAUCUUGACUUCAAUGAAUCAUUAGUGGGCUUUAAGGAAUAUUUCAAUCUCAAAGAUAUAAAUAUUUGGCCUUGGUAAAUUAUGGAGGAUCACUGAGCCAAGUUGAGUUAUUUUGGACCAUGGAUUUCUUAUCAUUUGUACUGUUCAUAUCAUGAGUGAGAUCUGUUGUUUUUUGUGAAAAAAAGGUCUUAACUGCAUUCUUAUGAUAUUUUAAGUUGUAAGCUGACUUGGAUCUAAAUAAGUAAAAAAAAUAGUUUUAUCAGUUUAUGGUUGUCCUCUACUUUUAGAAGUUUGUUAAGGUAUGAUAAUCAAAUUUUACCCCGAAUGAUUAGGAACUGAUAAUUCAAGUUAUGGUUACUUAUCGUGUUAUAAUAUAGUUUUUCCUGGUAGAUUUACCUUUUGAUACACACA